UGCGACAAAGAAAUCGAGUCCGGAGAGAUCCUGCCUGUGGUGAUUAUUGUUUGAUGCUCGUUCCAUGCCUCGUCAAAGCAACGGCCCAUCAGGGAUCUGCCUGUCCUACCUGUUGUCGGGCUACACCCCCUACCUGUCGCCUGAGGCGUCGCACCCCAACCCCCUGCUGCACAGCAAGCUGGCCGAGCAGCCCGGCCUGUCGCUGCUGGAGCAGGACCUGGAGUAUCUGUGCGAGGGUCUGCAGGGCCGCUCGUCCAACCCGGUGGCCGUCCUCUUCGACUCGCUGCUGCUCCCCGACAGCGACUUCGGCAUGGAGCACACGUCUCCGCUGGAGUGGCGGUACGAGCCCGAGCGUGCCGUGCCGCACUUGGUCCUGGGGAAGGGUCCGCCGGGGGGAGCCUGGCAUGCCAUGGAAGGUUCCAUGCUCACGCUGAGCUUGGCCAACUGGAUGGAGCUGCCAGGACUCAAACUGAAGGACUGGAUGAAAGACAAGCGCAGGAACGUGCGUAACGACCGCGCCACGCCAGCAGAGAUCGCCUCCUACUACCAGCACUACGUCUCCCAGAUGUCCCUGGAGGACAACUUUGCCUGCAGGACCGUUGUUACCUCGGUAACCAGGCGCCCCGGCAACCAGGAGGGGUCGCCUCCCUGCUGGAGAGUGAAGGGACUGCAGUGCCGCGAGGGGGCGGAGCUUGGAGAUGCCUCCACAUCAGAGAAGGUGCCUUUCUCCCUGCUGGCCCACAACGUGGUCCUGGCGACCGGGACUCACGACAUCCCGGCCAGACUGGGCGUGGAGGGCGAGUCCCUGCCUUACGUCUGCCACUCCUUCUGGGAGCUGGAGGCCGCCAUCUCCCGCGGCGAGCUGGACGAGUCCUCGGACCCGGUGCUGGUGGUGGGGGCGGGUCUGACGGCGGCUGACGCCGUGCUGGCGGCCCACCACCUCAGCACGCCCGUCUACCACGUCUUCCGGCGCUCUGUGACCGACCCCGGCCUCAUCUUCAAUCAGCUACCCAAGAUGCUCUACCCGGAAUACCACAAGGUGCACCAGAUGAUGAUGCAACAGCAACACCAAGAAGGUUCCGCCCCUCAGCACCACCUCCAGAGCUCCUCCCCCCCGCCCUCCUCUCCCUACGCCGGCUACCUGUGCUUCCCCCGCCACCGGGUGGCCGCCUUCCGCCCCGACCGCAAGUGCGUGCUGCAGUCCGACUCGGGCCAGUCCACGGUGGUCCAGGUGUCCAAGGCGCUGGUCCUGAUCGGCGCCCACCCCAACCUGUCCUUCCUCGCCGACGACGGGCGCCCGCUGGGCGUGCGGCCCGACGAGCCGGUCACGUGCCGCAGGAACCCCGUGGACGUGGACCCCUACACCAACGCGGUGCUGGCGGCGGAGGGCCCGGGCCUGUACGCCAUGGGGCCGCUGGUGGGGGAGAACUUUGUCAGGUUCCUGAAGGGAGGAGCCCUGGCCAUCGCCAGCGACCUGGCCAAGAGACACAGGCGGGGCGGGGGGGAGGGGGAGGGGCUUAUGUCCUCGGACAGACUGGUGGACAGACGGAGCGUCUUUUACUCCUGAUGUCAUCCAGCAACUAAUGAAGGACCAACUGGAACAACCUCAUCAAGAUCAACUUUAGUCUUCUUUACACUUUUUCACCAGACCAAAGUCACACUGAGUGGUCCACGGUAUUGAUUAUUGACUCGUUAUUACACAGCAGUCAUUAGUCGUGUCCUCUCCCAGCAGGCAGCAGACAUUGAAACAACGUUGACAACUUGUUAGAUUAGGUCCUGACGUUAAGUAACUCAAAUACAACGUUGAAACAACAUGCUUUUAAUUAAUUACGUUUAUUAUAUUUCUGGGUGUUGUUGACAACGUUGAAACAACGUGCUUUCUGACGACGUUUAAUCAAUGUUGGCUUCUGACUUUGAUUUGAUCAUUGAAAUGUGGUCAUUUCCCAACCAAUAUUCUACCACACAAAUAUGACGUUGAAACAACAUGUUUUUAAUUACGUUUAUUAUAUUUCUGGGUGUUGUUGAAUUUUGGUAAUUUCCCAACCAAUAUUCUACAAUACAACGUUGAAACAACAUGUUUUUAAUUACGUUUAUUAUAUUUCUGGGUGUUGUUGAAUUUUGGUAAUUUCCCAACCAAUAUUCUACAAUACAACGUUGAAACAACAUGUUUUUAAUUACGUUUAUUAUAUUUCUGGGUGUUGUUGAUAUGACCGUUGAAUUUUGGUCAUUUCCCAACCAAUAUUCUACAAUACAACGUUGAAACAACAUGUUUUUAAUUACGUUUAUUAUAUUUCUGGGUGUUGUUGAUUUGACCGUUGAAUUUUGGUCAUUUCCCAACCAAUAUUCUACAAUACAACGUUGAAACAACAUGUUUUUAAUUACGUUUAUUAUAUUUCUGGGUGUUGUUGAUUUGACCAUUGAAUAUUGGUCAUUUCCCAACCAAUAUUCUAAAAUACAACGUUGAAACAACAUGUUUUUAAUUACGUUUAUUAUAUUUCUGGGUGUUGUUGAUUUGACCAUUGAAUAUUGGUCAUUUCCCAACCAAUAUUCUAAAAUACAACGUUGAAACAACAUGCUUUUAAUUACGUUUAUUAUAUUUCUGGGUGUUGUUGAUUUGACCAUUGAAUAUUGGUCAUUUCCCAACCAAUAUUCUAAAAUACAACGUUGAAACAACAUGCUUUUUGACGACGUUUAUUCAAUGUUGGGUUCUGACGUUGAUUUCAUCAUUGAAAUUAUGUCAUUUUUUUAACCAAUAUUCUAAAAUAGGAUGUUGAAACAACAUGCUUUCAAUAACGUUUAUUCAAUUUCUGGGUGUUGUUAAUUUGACCGUUGAAUUUUGGUCAUUUCCCAACCAAUAUUCUACAACACAAAUACGACGUUGAAACAACAUAUUUUUUUAAUAACGUUUAUUAUAUUUCUGGGUGUUGUUGAUUUGACCAUUAAAGUUUGGUCAUUUCCCAACCAACAACGUGGAUCCAACGUCGGACAUCAACAUUCAUCAACUAUUUUUCAACGUUGUUUCAAAGUCCGUUUUAAAGGACAUGUACGUAUAAUCAACGUUGUAUCAUCAUGUCUUGUGCCCGCUAGGUAAGCACAGUUUUUGGCCAUAACUCUACUAGGCAAGAACACUAAUAAGACCGGCUGAGAUACUUAAUCCAGAACAUUCUAUGUCAUUGAAAUGGUACUACUAAUUAUGAUGAAUAUUUUAUCAAUCUUAUAAAGUAGGGGUGUCCAAAGUGCGUGCAGGGGUUUGUUUACGGCCCACGCCUUGUUUUUUAUUGACACAUUCUGAAGACAAACCUAACACAAAAACUACAAUAUGCCAUUUUGAGAGAAACCGCGUUGUGGAUGCUGAACCUAAAUGCUAAUGUUAGCAUGCUAACAGUUAAAAUACGUCAGGAAUAAAUGACCAUGAAGCGUAUGCAUGUAAAAUUAGCUAGCAUGUGUCCAGUACAGAGCUACAUGACUCUGAGGCAUUGGGCUGCAAAAUGGCACCAGGCUAAUGUUAGCAUUACGCUAACAGCUAACAUGUGUCCAGUACCAGGUUACGUGACUGAAAUUUUACAUUGGCUGAAAAAUUUUAGCACGGUGAUGUUAGCGCGCUAACAGUUAGCAUGUGUGAAGUACCAGGUUAUACAACUAAGGUGUUUGGCUGCAAAAUUGGCAAACAAAAGUUAGCGUGAUCAUGUUAGCAUUCUAACAUGUUAACGUUAGCAUGCUAACAACUAUAAGUUAUAGGACUGAGGCAUUCGGCUGCAAAAUUGGCUACAAACGUUAACGCUAGCAUGCUAAAUUGCUUAAUUUAGGGCGCAUUUGUUGCUGGUAACACAAAGCUAAGAUUGGACGUGGUGUUUAGCAUUUAUUAGUAAACCUUUAUUGUUUAGUUUCUAAUAUCGGUAAUGUAUCAAAGCAGUUUUUAUGUUUGGACACGCCUGUUGCAAAGGUUACUGAUUGUCGUUAUUAUUUGAUCACUUUGUACAUUUCAGCGGCUGUCCUGUCAACACUUGACUUCUUCCUGUCGCUUUUUUCACCUCAAAGAAUCAAGCAGGAAAUGCUCUGUGACCUGAAUGACCUUGAACUCGAAGGUAAACCAUGUCGGAUUGUGUCAGGGACUGAAGGACGCUUAAUGAUUCAUUUCACUUUCUGCUCAUUCCGACACGUGAACCCAAGCAACACUUUAUUUGACCUUGUAUUUAUCUUUGUUUUGUUUUGGAUCUCGGCCAGCUGUGCCUUUCAUGGCGUGCAUCAUGUCAACCAAUCAUUUAGCUUUUUCUUUUUAUGUACUGUAUUGAUUGGUGCUGCUCAUGUCACUUCCCAAUAAAAUGCUCAUUUCAUGA